UACGUUGUCAUUCGGAGAAACUGAAUGAUCGUUCAUUGUCACGGCGAACGUGUGGACUACAUUUGACAAAAUCUUAAAAACAUAUGUUGGAAUUAACAAAAUGGUCCUACUGGAGAAUGAUGCGUUUUUAGUAGAAUUAACGCGACUUUUCGACAAAUCUCGACUCUCUGGUUCCGUGGUACUUACUAUCAAAAGGUUUAACGGACACAACAAGCCAGUACCAAGGGAAGGCAGGCCUCCAUUACCAACACCGAGUGAAUUUCUUUGUCUAGUGAGAGCUUCGUUGAAAUCCAAAAAGAUCUCUACUGUUAUACACUCUAAGGAUGUGAAUAAGUUCCAACAGGCGUAUUGGAAUUUGUUAAAGUCAAAUAUCAAUGGUCUCAAGAAGCUAAAAAAGGUGAAAUCUGCAAAGCCUAAAGUUCAUUAAUGUCGUGACAAUUCACUAUUUAAUACACACACACAUAUAUAUAUAUAAAAUUUUUUUGUAUAAUGUGAAAUGUAUUUUCCUUAAUGUGUAAUGUAAUACUGCCUAAGAAAUAAAUUACACCCAACAAAAUGUAAAA